AUGGCUCUCAAACCAUGUCUUGAGGCCCCAGUUGAGUCUGGGCUCUGUUCAGGAAUUGAAUGCCAUGCUGACUGCCCAACACUAGUUCUGAUGCUCUUUGCCAGUGUGCUGGUGACUUGCCUUGGGGCUGCUAAACUCACUGUAGGCUUCCAGGCCCCCUGGAACAUCUCCCAUCCAUUCAGCAUGCAAAGACUGGGUGCAGGCCUCCAGAUUGCCAUGGACAAGGUCAACUCAGAGGUAGUGGACCUUGGAAAUUUCAGCUGGGAGUUCACUUAAACCAACUCAGCCUGCAGCACCAAGGAGUCUCUUGCUAUUUUCAACAACCAGGUCCAGAGAGAACAGAUUUCUGCCCUGUUUGGACCAGCAUGCCCAGAAGCAGCUGAGGUUAUCAGUUUGCUGGCCUCUGAGUGGAACAUCCCCAUGUUUGACUUUGUUGGACAAACCACAAAACUGUGUGACACCUGUGUGAAACUUGUGCCACCCAAGCAGGACACUGGUGAUGUGCUCCAGAAAAGUCUCCAGUACCUGGGCUGGAAACACUUUGGGAUGUUUGGAGGCUACUAUGGGGCUUCCUCCUGGGAUGGAGUGGAUGAAUUGUGGAGGGUUGUAGAGAAUGAACUCAAAUCCCAUUUUAUCAUCACUGCCAGCAGGAGAUACACCAACAAUAGUCUAGUCCUUCUUCAAGUGCAUCUUUGCAGGAUAUCAUCAAUUGCCAGGGACCGUUUUUGGAAGGAAGUACUGACAAGUCAGAAAAUGAUGCACCUCCCAAAGGUGUAUGGGUCAGUGCUUCUCAUCGCCCUCAGCUACUACAGAAAAGGCCGUGGAGACAAAGGCUUUUGGAAACAAGUCUACCAAACACUGAGGAGGCCGCCCUUCCGCAGCACCAUGUCUUGGGAGGAGCAGGUGAGUCCUUACUCUGCCUACCUUCACGACGCCGUCCUGUUCUAUGCUGAGACCGUGAAGCAGGUGGUAAAGGCUGGAGGCGACUUCCAGGACGGGCAGCUGGUCAGCGCUCUGAAGGGUUCCAGUCGGACCACAGUGCAGGGAAUCACCGGCCCUGUGUUUGUGGAUGCCCAGGGAGAAAGGCACAUGGAUUACUCUGUCUGUGCCCUACAGAAGUCUGAAAAUGGGCCGCUUUUUCUUCCUUUUCUUCAUUAUGACAGUUAUCAGAAAGUAAUCAGACCCACAGGGAAUUUCUCCAAUAUGACCUGGCCCCAUGGCUCCCUUCCUGAAGACAGACCUGGCUGUGGAUUUUAUAAUGAGCUCUGUGAAACUGAGCCUGCUUUUAGGGGUAAGUAUGGCUGCGUGACUGCUGUGCUUCUCACAAUGAUGAUCCUCAUUCCUGUCUUGGGAGCUGCCAUCAUAGGUCUGAUUUUAAGGAUGCAGAGGCAAAACAAAGACAUCUGGUGGCAAAUCAAUUUUGAUGAUAUCACCAUUCUUCCCCAGAACAAGCCAUCCCACAGAGGCACACCUGUGUCAAGAAGCAUCAACAGUAACUCAUCUAGUGUGAUGAUUUCUGUGGACCUCAGCUCUUUUGUCAAGAGCCAGCAGGGGGAAGAGCUCUUCUAUGCCCCAGUAGGGCUUUAUCAGAACAUUCCACUUUUUCUUUGAUUCUGGGGAAACCAUGUGGCCAUCUGCUACGUUGGUGACCAAGCAGAAGCCUGGGUUAGGAAGCUGACUGUGCUACAGGACAUACGGCUGAUGGGUGAAUUAAGGCACGAAAACAUUGUUCCCUUCUUUGGUAUUUGCACCGAACCACCUAACACCUGCAUUGUCACCCAGUAUUGCAAAAAAGGAAGUCUUAAGGUAAUUUUGAGAAACUCGGAUCAUGAAAUGGAUUGGAUAUUCAAACUCUCAUUUGCAUAUGACGUAGUCAAUGGCAUGCUGUUCCUCCACAGGAGCCCCCUGGGCUCCCACGGCAACCUGAAACCUUCCAACUGCCUGGUGGAUGGUCAGCUGCAGGUGAAGCUGUCGCAGUUCGGGCUGUGGGAACUCAAGCAUGGCCGAAAAUACAGAACAUAUGAUGAGACAGUGACCGACCACUCGGAGCUCUACUGGACUGCCCCAGAGCUGCUGCGGCUCCCGGAGGUGCCCUGGUCGGGUACCCCGCAAGGAGAUGUUUACAGCUUCGCCAUUCUGAUGAGGGAGCUGAUCUACCAUUGGGAUCACGGGCCCUUUGAUGACCUCCAUGAGGCACCGGAUGAAAUCAUCAACCGAAUCAAAGACCCCGCAGCAGCUGUCCCACUGCGACCCUCUGUGCCUGAGGAGAAGGGCGAUGAGAAGAUCGUGGCCAUGGUGAGGGCGUGUUGGGAUGAAUCUCUGGAGAAAAGAUGCAGUUUCUCUUCCAUCAAGAAAACUUUACGAGAGGCCAGUCCCAGAGGCCAUGUGCGCAUACUGGCCAGUAUGAUGAGCAAGCUAGAAGUGUAUGCCAAUCACCUGGAGGAAGUGGUGCAAGAGAGGACCAGCCAGCUGACUGCAGAGAAGAGGAAGGUGGAGAAGCUUCUGUCCACCAUAGUGCCCAGCUUCAUUGGAGAACAACUCCUAGCCGGAAGGUCCAUGGAACCAGAACAUUUUGAGUCUGUGACAAUCUUUUUCUCUGACAUUGUUGGAUUCACAAAGCUGUGUUCUCUCAGCUCCCCUUUGCGAGUCGUCAAGCUCCUCAAUGACCUGUACAGUUUAUUCGAUCAUAUCAUCCAACUUAAUGAUGUUUAUAAGGUUGAGACCACUGGAGACGCAUACUUGGUGGCUUGCAGACUCCCUAUCCGCAAUGGAAGCCAGCAUGUGGCUGAGAUUGCCACCAUGUCCCUGCACUUCCUCAGUGCCACCAUCUGCUUCCAAAUUGGGCACAUGCCCCAGGAGAAGCUCCAGCUUCGGAUUGGCCUCCACACAGGUCCUGUGGUGGCUGGUGUGCUGGGGAUUACCAUGUCCAGAUACUGUCUGUUUGGAGACACUGUGAACAUGGCAUCCAAAAUGGAAAGCAGCAGUUCACCUCUCCGGAUUCAUGUCUCUCAGAGCACUGCAGGCGCCCUGGUGCCAUGUGGGGGGUAUGAUGUGCAAAAGAGAGGCACCAGUCCAGUCAAGGGCAAAGGAGAGCAAACAACUUACUGGUUGAAAGGUAAAGAAGGCUUCACUCUUCCACUCCCCAAAUUUACUGGGGAAAAAGCCAAAGUCCCAGAGAUAUUGUGA